AUGAACCAGGAGAAUGAGGGAACUCAGACGACCCAGAGGCCCUCAAGUUCCUCUGGAUCCUCUUUAUUCUUUCUGCUCGUUAUGAUGUUUAUGCUCUUCUCCGGUGGCCCAGGCGAAGCACCUGCGACUCAACACGACAUUCAGGAUUCGCUUCAAUCCCUCAAAUACGAACUGGCUAAUUAUACAGCAUGGCAAGACGGCGGACCAAGCAACUUUACGCUCGAAAGAGAAAGUCUGGGACUUCUCAGAUUGGAAAGCGCACUCUUACAUCCACCGCAUCUUCCACCAACUGUCGAUGCUGCGUACUAUAACAACAUCACAGGAAACUACAAGACGAAGACGGGAUUUAUCGACCUCGAACUUCCUUCUUCUAGCCGUGGUCUGGUGGACGGGCCUUCGGUGAGCCUCAGAGCCGAAGGCAUCCAUUUGCCCGAAGAAGGAAGUUUAAUGGCAUUAGUCGAACCGAAAGACGUCGCUCCAGACAUACGGCAUCUCGCGGGCCUUGUACCUCCAUCACUCUUCAAUGACACCACCCACGUCAUCACUGAACAGUUGAAGGAGAGGGUCAAGGAAUUCGAGCAGAGUAUCUCCGAUGGGACAGCGCAGCUGGACUCUGAUAGUGACCCAGUAACACGAUGUUCGUUCAUCUUCCGGGGCCAUCUUCACCCUAUGCUCGUUCAUCAGUCGAUGGUCGACCUGUAUGAGCAGGAACAGAAGACACCAACAGGCAUACCGCUACCCAAGCUUGCGGCUCCUGGGUUCAACGGGCUCUUGAUUAGCGAGGAGUGUGGGAUUGCCAUCGAGCUUGAAGAAGUCAAGGGCAUCUCCUCUAUUCGUAUGAGUCGCAGGAUUGUCGUUUGCAAGUCCGAUACCCAUGCAGCAAUCGCCUCUGCGGUAUUCUAUAUCCUUAUUCAACUUUCACUCCAAGUCAGCGAUCAAUGGAGAACAACUACAACCUUGUUGCGAGGUUCCCGAGGAGUUAUGGCGACUUGGUUGAUUGCGGAUUCGUACGCUGCCAUCUCACAUCUAAUGGCCGCGGUCAUGACCUCCGAGGUACGGUAUGCACUGUUGGUGCCAGGCUUUCUGGGUGGAGUACUCGUGGCAACAGAUAUCCGCCUUCUCACGUACUUGAAUGGGGUCCAGCUACUCCUCAGCCAACCAGCUCCAGCCCCACCACCACCACCGAUAACCACGACGGCUCCAACCGCGUCGACUACUGGAGUUUCAUCGACCGCACCCACAGUGUCGCAACCGUCACCAGACACUACAGUCACUGGUAGCUUUCUAUUGCGAGCAGGGACCGUUUUGUUUGCCAACGAUUUUCGCGCCUGGUUGGCAAUCGUCUUUGGUUUCAGCAUCUUUAGUAUGCUUUUCCUUGGAGUCCCCAUCUACGGAGUUUGGUUCAUCUUGAUUGCGUCGACGUGGUCGGGUCAAAUCACGCGCAAUGUGUAUCAACGGACACGCAGGGUUCUGCGCCACGAUACGAUAGUGUUGUCUUCUAUUGUCCGACUUUUCACUCCACUGUAUAUCUUUGCUUGUCCUAACAACCUUCUUAAUAUUGAACCAGCAGAAUGGAUCUGGGUAAUACCUGCUUGGGUUAUCCUGCAGACAGCCGUAUUGCUUGGACAGGACUAUUUUGGGCCGAGCUGGUUUAUCCCAGACUUUUGGAACCGUGGUCCCGUCUACGACUACCACCCCGAUAUUGUCAAGUCCGACGAGGAAGCGACCGAAUCAAAGCUCGGUGACUGUUCCAUUUGCAUGGAGCCCAUCUCAGCGGAUCAAGGGGAUAUCGGUCCUGAGCGUGGAAAAGUAUUGCAGCUUUGCUGGAAGCAAGCAGCCAAGAAACGACGCGUCUAUGCGCUUGCUCCGUGCGGACACAACUUUCACACUGAUUGCCUGGAACAAUGGAUGGAGAUCAAGAGCAUCUGUCCUCAAUGUCGUGGAUACUUGCCUCCACUAUAA